GCGCCGAUAAACUCGAAGAGAAAGAGACGAACAGUGUGGCUGAAAAGUAAGACAAGCCACACGUUUAGCCGGAGAAUUUGAUGCCAGUGGGACAAUCUAUAUUCACUUAUUUGAUCACAGAAGAUGUCUUCACUCAUCAAAGUGGACAGGGAAAUAAAAACCAAGGUUGAUGCUUUCAGGGAACGUAUAACAGCAGAAGCAGAGGAUUUGGUUGCAAAUUUUUUCCCCAAGAAGUUACUGGAACUUGAUCACUUCCUCAAGGACCCCAGCAUAAACAUCAAUGAGCUGAAAGAGAUUCACUCAGAGAUCAACCUGAGCGUACCGGACCCCAUCUUGCUCUCAAACCUCCACGACGGAUUGGAAGGGCAAAAUGCCAAGAAGAGAAAGCUGGAGGAUGGAAGUGGAGACGACCUGGUAACCGGCACUAAGGUCUUCGUCAUGCCGGGUGGGAUGAUGAAGUGCAACGGAAACCUCGUCGAGCUCAUCGAGAAGGUCAAGCCGGAGAUCAGGACGCUCAUAGAGAAAUGCAACACAGUGAAAAUGUGGGUCCAGCUCCUCAUCCCCAGGAUAGAGGACGGCAACAACUUUGGCGUGUCGAUCCAGGAGGAGACGGUAGCCGAACUGAGAACAGUCGAAGGGGAGGCGGCGUCUUAUCUCGACCAGAUAUCAAGAUACUACAUCACAAGGGCAAAGCUGGUGUCUAAAAUAGCUAAAUAUCCACACGUGGAGGACUAUCGGCGCACAGUUACAGAAAUCGACGAGAAGGAGUACAUCAGUCUGAAGAUCAUAGUUUCAGAGCUCAGAAAUCAAUACGUAACGUUACACGACAUGAUCCUGAAGAACAUCGAGAAGAUCAAGCGGCCUCGAAGCAGUAACGCCGACGCAUUGUACUGAUGUUCCACCCAGCCGCCACCCCCCCUCCCCCCGGUUCCCCUCCAACGUUCGCCUGCAGGACUACAGCUAAACAUUCAUCAACUUCAGUACAAUCAACUCAGCCCUGUGUAAAUUCAUAGCGUCGUAGAUGGACACGUUAUAAAUAUAUUUUUUUGUUUUAAAUUGUAAUUCUUUGUUUGCUUGUUUUAAACCCUUCAAAAGAUUCCCUCAGAAAACGAGGAAAUGAAUCGUAAAGCGAUGUGUAUUUUUCAAUUUUAAUUAAACCUCUUGUCUUCAGAACCUUGUGACAUUUCCUUUUUUGUUUUUGUUUUUAGCUCUCAAAAUGCUCCGCAGUGCUUUGUGGCUUGUGUUUAUUUUGUCAUCUUCAAACACCUAAAGGUCAGAUUAUUUAUAGGAAACGCAACACAUACGCUGUUUUUCUUGCUCUGAAUGUUAUACAUUAUACCUUGUAGUUUAUUGCAGGAAUAAUUAGAGAGUAAGUUCUAGAUUCAUGGGCUUAAUGGUUUUCAGUGAAAAUGCAUAAGUCACCAGAGCCUCUCAUGUUGGGGCAUUGAUGCUAAUGAAUAAAAUGCAUUUUUAUAAGUUGUCGGAAUUUAUUUAAACUUUUUUCUUGUUUUGUUUUUUUUUAAUUGGGGAGGGGGAUAGCAUUUAGCGUAGCCUGUUGAAACAUCUCUUGUGCACUUAAAGAUGGAAAUCUUAUAUGAAGUAGAGCAGAGGUCUGUUGGGAAGCUUGCAGCGCCUCCUUUUGGCCUGUAGGUGUCACUAGAUGAAUUCCUUGCAUCCAAUGUUCACAUGGAAAAUUGUGAUUUCCCUGUUUACAAAAUCUGCUGUCCAAGAUGUGAGCAUGUUCAAAGGUUCUUGGUUAAAUUUUAAAUGUUUAAACAGCUGGGAGACAUUCGGUGUGCUUACACUUAACAGACUUCAACCCGAAGGCGGAUACCAAAGGUGAAGCCAGUCUGUAAACCAGUCUGUAUUAGUCAUGUUGAUCUAACGGACCUAUAAAAGAAUGCUGUUUGGUUAGGACAUGUGAAAAUGAUUGCUCUUUCCAUAAAUUGAAAUCACUUGGAUUUA